UGAUGUCAGAGAAACGAACUCGAGGCUCGAGCUACCUGCUGGAUCACCGAAGAGCCGAACUGGCGCGAGCUGCCGAAUGAACUAACGACAUGCGGAGACACUUUAGGAAAGCGCUUGCGAGUAACUUAAAAUAAUUAACUUUAUCAGGAAUUAUUAAUAAUACGCAUAAAAAAGGCAUCGGUUGCGUUUCACGUCGCAGUUAGUGUCUUGCAGGAAUGCGUUGGAGUUUGCGGUCUGGUCGACUCCGACUGAUGCUCGCCUUUGAACAACAGCAGCGUUGUUUAUGAACUGGGGAAGAUUUGAAGUGAGGCUCGUCCAGCCAGAGGGGGAGAGGAGACGAGGGGAGGGAGGAGAGAGGCGGGGAGGAGAGGAGAGGGGCGCCCAGAAAACGCCCUGCUGCUCAAUCCUCUCAAAAUUAAAAGUUUAUCGCGCCAUUGACGGUACGCUCGCGUUAAGGAUGGGUGGUUUGACUUCUCUCAGCUGUUUAAAGUAACCACUUCACAGAUCGUUUUGAAGGGGAAAGUUUGGAAAACCUCAAUUGUUCCCAUUGGAUUAUUUUUUUUCCGCUUGAUUCUGGACAAGCCCGGGGUACUUUUUUGGAGGGCGGCGAUUCGGAGGCUGCCUAGGCCCGCCGCUCGACGACUUGAAAGAAUACCUUGUAUCUUUUAAUGUGAACCAGAAAAGUUUUGUUAGAUCGCUCUUCGUUGCUCAGACUGGCGCCAGGACAAGGCAAAAAUGUCGCUAGGAGCGGAGAGAAGGAUGGAAAACCGGCUGAGACAACUGGAAGCCAUGCUCAAAGAGCCGCGGUCUGCGAUCAACUUGGAAAGUUUGCUGGAUUCCAUGAAUGCCCUGGUUUUAGACUUGGACUUUCCAGCCUUACGUAAAAAUAAGAACAUCGAGACAUUCUUGAACAGAUAUGAGAAGGUUAUGGGCCAAACGAGGGAGCUCCAGAUGAAACCAGAUGAUUUUGACCGAGUGAAGGUGAUCGGUAGAGGGGCGUUCGGGGAGGUCCAGCUGGUUAGGCAUAAGGCCUCUCAAAAGGUGUAUGCAAUGAAGGUGCUCAGCAAGUUUGAAAUGAUCAAACGUUCAGAUUCUGCCUUCUUUUGGGAGGAGCGUGACAUCAUGGCGUUUGCUGACAGCCCAUGGGUCGUGCAGCUGUGCUGUGCCUUCCAGGAUGACCGCUCUCUGUACAUGGUAAUGGAAUAUAUGCCAGGAGGAGAUCUUGUCAAUCUCACCAGUACAUACGACGUUCCAGAGAAGUGGGCAAAGUUUUACACUGCUGAGGUUGUGUUAGCUCUGGACGCCAUCCACUCCAUGGGCUUUAUUCACCGCGACGUCAAACCAGAUAACAUGCUGCUGGACCGCUACGGACACCUCAAACUCGCUGACUUUGGGACAUGCAUGAAAAUGGAUGGGACGGGGAUGGUUCAUUGUGACACUGCGGUUGGAACCCCUGAUUACAUCUCGCCGGAGGUUCUCAAGUCUCAGGGAGGGGACGGAUACUAUGGACGCGAGUGUGACUGGUGGUCGGUGGGAGUAUUUAUCUAUGAGAUGCUGGUUGGUGAUACACCAUUUUACGCAGAUUCUCUGGUGGGGACUUACAGUAAGAUUAUGGACCAUAAAAACUCUCUUAACUUUCCUGAUGACGUUGAGAUCUCUCAAGAAGCCAAAAAUAUCAUCUGUGCCUUCCUAACAGACAGGGAGGUUCGUCUGGGUCGAAAUGGGGUAGAAGAAAUUAAAAGACAUCCUUUCUUUAAAAACGACCAAUGGACCUUCAGCACCAUUAGAGAGACUGCAGCACCUGUGGUUCCAGAGCUGAGCAGUGACAUAGACACCAGUAAUUUCGAUGAGAUAGAGGAAGAUAAAGGAGAAGUGGAGACCUUUCCCACACCCAAAGCCUUUGUUGGUAAUCAGCUGCCAUUUGUGGGGUUCACCUACUUUAAAGAAGACCAGUUGCUGAAUGCUGUUAACAGUUCAGCAAUGAAAAAAGAUCACCCUGCAUCCAAGACAGAGGACAAUUUAGCACUCCAGAAGAAACUUCACUCUCUAGAAGAGCAGCUUAACAAUGAAAUGCAGGCCAAAGAUGAGCUGGAGCAAAAAUAUAGAAGUAACUGUAGCCGCCUGGAGAAGAUCACCAAAGAGCUUGAUGAAGAAAUAAAUGGCAGAAAAGGGUUGGAGACGACUCUGAGACAGUUGGAGAGAGAGAAAGCUCUCCUACAGCACAAGAGCGUAGAGAGUCACCGCAGGGCAGAGAGUGAAGCCGAACGCAAGAGAGGCCUGGAGAACGAAGUGAAUAGUCUGAGGGAUCAGCUGGAUGAAAUGAAGAAGAAAAACCAGAACUCGCACAUCUCUAAUGAGAAGAACAUCCACCUGCAGAAACAGCUGGAUGAGGCAAAUGCGUUACUGCGGGCGGAAUCCGAUGCUGCUGCGCGGCUGCGUAAAACUCAGACAGACAGCUCAAAGCAGCUGCAGCAGCUGGAGGCUCACGUGAGAGAACUGCAGGACAAAUGCUGCAUGCUGGAGAACAGCAAACUCACACUAGAGAGGGAGAACAUCAGCCUGCAGGCCGCGCUAGACGUAGAGAAACGAGAGCAAACCCAGGGCUCUGAGACCAUCUUUGAUCUACAGGGACGCAUCUCUGGUUUGGAAGAGGAAGUGAAACAGGUGAGACAGGCACUAUCUAAAGUUGAGGCGGAGAAGAGGCAACUUCAGGAGAAGCUUACAGACUUGGAAAAGGAGAAGAGCAAUAAUCAGAUUGACAUGACCUAUAAGCUGAAGAUGUUGCAGCAGGGUUUGGAGCAGGAGGAGGCAGCACACAAGGCCACAAAAGCUCGACUUGCUGACAAGAACAAGAUCAGCGAGUCCAUCGAAGGAGCCAAAUCUGAGGCGGUGAAGGAGCUGGAACAGAAGCUGCAGGAGGAACGUUCCUCUAAACUGCGUGUGGAGAACAGGGUGUUAGAAUUGGAGAAGAAGAACUCCAUGCUUGACUGUGACUAUAAACAGUCUCUGCAGAAACUAGAGGAACUGCGACGACACAAGGAGAGACUCACAGAAGAGGUGAAGAAUCUGAGUCUAAAGAUCGAGCAAGAGGUUCAGAAACGCACUUUGACUCAGAAUGACCUGAAGGUUCAGAACCAGCAGCUCAGCACACUGCGAACAUCAGAGAAACAGCUCAAACAGGAGAUAAACCACCUGUUGGAAAUCAAACGUAGCUUGGAAAAACAAAAUAUGGAACUGCGCAAGGAGCGUCAGGAUUCUGAUGGACAGAUGAAGGAACUGCAGGAUCAGUUGGAGGCAGAGCAGUAUUUCUCCACACUGUAUAAGACACAGGUGCGGGAACUGAAGGAAGAGUGUGAGGAGAAAAAUAAACUCUAUAAAGACAUGCAACAGAAUCUACAGGAGCUUCAAGAGGAAAGGGACUCUCUUGCGGCCCAGUUGGAGAUCACACUAACGAAAGCUGAUUCAGAGCAGCUGGCGCGCUCAAUUGCGGAGGAACAGUAUUCUGACCUGGAGAAGGAAAAGAUCAUGAAGGAGCUGGAGAUCAAAGAAAUGAUGGCCAGACACAGACAGGAGCUUGCAGAAAAAGACACCACCAUCACCUCACUAGAGGAAGCUAAUCGCACUUUGACAAAUGAUGUGGCAAACCUGGCCAAUGAAAAGGAAGAACUCAACAACAAGCUAAAGGAAACACAGGACUAUCUGCAAAAUAUCAAGAAUGAAGAGCAGUCUAUCACUCAACUAAAACUUGCGCUUGAGAAACAGCUUCAGUCAGAGAGAACUCUCAAAACACAGGCAGUGAACAAGCUGGCAGAGAUCAUGAACAGAAAGGAGGUCAGAGGUGGUGGAAGUCGCCGUGGAAAUGAUACAGACGUGAGGAGGAAGGAAAAAGAAAACAGGAAGUUGCAGCUGGAGCUGCGUUCCGAGAAAGAGAAGCUUAACAGCUCUAUCAUCAAAUACCAGAGAGAAAUCAACGACAUGCAAGCGCAACUGGCAGAUGAGUCUCAGGUGCGUAUCGAGCUGCAGAUGGCUCUGGACAGUAAAGACAGUGAUAUUGAGCAGCUGCGUAGCCUUUUAAACUCUCUAAACGUCCAGUCGCUCGAGUCGGCCAGUAUGAGCAGCGGACCAGACAUGGACACUGACGAGUCACUACCAGAGACAAGACUGGAGGGUUGGCUGUCUUUACCAGUGAGGAACAACACCAAACGCUUCGGGUGGGAAAGGAAGUAUGUUGUGGUGAGCAGCAAGAAGAUUCUCUUCUACAACAGCGAGCAGGACAAAGAGCAUUCCAAUCCUUAUAUGGUGUUGGACAUAGAUAAACUUUUCCAUGUGCGUUCGGUAACCCAGACGGACGUCUAUCGCGCUGACGCCAAAGAGAUCCCCAGAAUAUUUCAGAUCUUGUACGCUAAUGAGGGUGAGAGCAAGAAAGAGCAAGAACUGGAACCUCUUCCUGGGGACAAGUCCAGCUACAUUUGCCAUAAGGGUCACGAGUUCAUUCCCACCCUGUACCACUUUUUCACUAACUGUGAAGCCUGUACCAAACCCCUGUGGAACAUGUUCAAACCACCUCCAGCUCUCGAAUGCAGACGAUGCCACAUCAAGUGCCACAAAGACCACAUGGACAAGAAAGAGGAAGUCAUCGCUCCCUGCCGAGUGAACUACGAUGUGUCUACAGCAAAAAAUUUGCUGCUGUUAGCAUUGUCUCAGGAGGACCAGCAGAAAUGGGUUAGUCGACUAAUGAAGAAGAUCCUUAAAAAACCUCCAGCACCAGACGCUCCUCAUCGUUCCUCUCCCAGAGUUCCUGUUAAAGUACAAAGCAGUCAGUCGAUGAGGAGACCCAGCCGACAAAUACCCUCCGGCAAACCCAGGUCUGUGCACAACGUAAAGGAACCAACAACGUGUCUGGAGAAAUCUGGCUUCAUCUACCACAAGGGACAUGAGUUUAUUCCUUUAUUCUACCACUUUCCUGCCAGCUGUGAGGCCUGUACCAAACCCCUGUGGAACAUGUUCAAACCUCCUCUGGCUCUGGAAUGCCAGAGAUGCCAGAUCAAAUGCCACAAAGAGCACAUGGACAAGAAAGAGGAAAGUCUCAGACCCUGUGCUCCAGACCCGUUCAACCCCCAGUUCAACACGGGGCCUCUGGAUUCGGAGCUUCAGGACUGGCACUGGGCUCUGGAUGACGUGGAUGAUGUAGAUUAUGACCAUACGUUUAAUUUCUGAGGAGCAUGUGUAGGGUUCAAACAGGGUAACUGCUUGCAUAGGGGCUUUGUUCCAAAACCUCCCAUCCCACCUACUUUGGCAGCAUUUAGAUCAGGGGUGUCAGACUCACAGCCCUGCACAGUUUAGAUGAAACCCUAAUUAAACACACCUGAUCCUGCUAAUCAAGUCAUUAGGCUUAGUUGAAAACUACAUGGUUUGUGUGUUGAAGUAGGGUUGGAAUGAAACUCUGCAGGGCUCUAAUGCUCCCUAAUUUAGAUUAUUUUCUGUAAUGUAAUACACACGGGAGGAAUCUUAUAGUCAGUAAUUCCAUUAAAUUGAUAACAUAAAUGUUACAGAAUGGGAACUGUACUCUGUAUUAUAUACAAUACAUUAUGAUGUUUUACAUUAAUCAGUUUGGGGGUCAGUAAGAUUUUAAGUCUCUUAUGCUCAACAAAGAUGCAUUUAUUUGGUUAAAAUGCAGUAAAAGCUGUAAUGUGAAAUAUUAAUACAGUUAAAAUAACUAUUUUCUAUUUGAAUAUAUUUUAAAAUGUAACUUAUUCCUGUGAUUGCAAAGCUACAUUUUCAGCAGCUAUUGCUACAGGCUUCGAUGUCACAAGUUUCUUCAGAAAUCAUAAAUUAUGCUGAUAAAAUGGUCAAGAAAUAUUUUAUAAUCAUGCUAAAAACAGUUGUGCUGCUUUAAUAUUUUUGUAAAAACUGAUGUGGUUUAAAAGAACAUUUAUUUGAAAUUAAAGUUAGAUUUGGAUUAAUACAUUUAGAAUUUAGAUUAUUUUCUUUAUAACUUGCUGACCCUAGACUUUUAAAUGGUAGGAUAUGUCUAAAAUUAUAUAUACAAAAUUGUGGGGGGAAAGUAAACUUUAUUUGUUUGGCUCAGGGUUUUCUUGCAUGUAGUUAUGUAUAGUUUGUGUUAUUAUAAUACAUACAUGUGACGUGUAACAGGAACAUCUUAAACCAAAGUGUUACCAUAACAUUUUAUUUUAUAAAUUGGUGUUUAUCCAGUAUUUGUACGUUUAAAAAUUGAGUUGACACUAAACUCUGCUCACUUGGUUUUGGAACAAAGUCAUAGAGUGCCUUUUUUUUGUGUGCAGUGAGAUUCCUUUGCUGUUUAAGCAUGUGAGUGUGUUAACUUUUUGUGUGAAAGAUUUGGCCAAGACGGGAUAUGGAGAAUUUGCCAUAAUCCAACAGAAGUUUCUGUACAAUUUCUCAUUAACAUCCUCCACCUCCUAAUGCAAAGCUGAAUAGUUUAUUCAGUCAUUUCUCACUAAUGGAGAAGAGGUUUGUUCAGAGAAUUGACUUGCUUGUUUCUUAUUUGACCUUUAACCCUCUUGCCCUAGUCCCCCUCGACUGGACACUCGAAAGAUGAGGCGAGAAGACUCCACCAACAGCCUCCUGAACUAAUGAGUCCGUUUGAUUAUCGUGUUUACAAACUUUAUCAAGAAGACAUUUCAGCUGUACUGUAAAAGGAAAAAAACGAAAUGGGAGAAUGUGCAUCAAAACAGUGUUUUUAUUUUUAGGUCUAAUUUGUUCCCUUUUGCAAUAAACGUUUGCAACCUGUUGA